AGACAGUUGAGCGACAGUGAAUGUUGCUGUGCGUGCAUGCAACAAAUAGUCAAAUAGUAAGUGAAGUGAACUCGGUCGGUAAGUUAAGUCCGUAUUGCUUGAAAUUUGUUGCGUUUACUAUAAUAUCACGUACCAGUUUUAACGACGACGAGUUUACUUUGUUAAUUGCGAUUUACUAUUAAUUAACACCGUCUGUUCAUCUUGAACUAUUCCUGAGAGUGCCAACUAAUGAAAUGAGAAAUUAUCUACGUUAGACUCGAAUUCGGAAAGCUAAAAAAUGGCUCUGCGUCAAGAAACUGCGCCUGCGCUGACGCCGCCGCUGCUGCGCGAGCCCUACCACCAGGAUGCCUCCCCGCCACUCGCUUCUGAGGACUUCGACGAUGCCGACGAAUUUGAGGACGCAGCCGAAGAACAGCCUACAUAUUCUAUGGAUCUCCACUCAACUUUCCACGACUGUGAAUUGGCCAUUAGAAAAUUUUUCAACAACGACUUAGUGGGUGCCAUGAACUUAAUGAAGCCGUGGGGUAGAACAUCGUUGUACCACAGUCUGGGCACGGCUAUAUUUGAGUUCAUCCCUGCAAUGCUCACGUUUGAUCACGGCCAGAUCAACAGGGCACUGUCUGCACUCAAGAUUUGCAUUUCUAUAUGUAACCAACAUCGUCGUAAUUUUACACUCGUCGAGAGUAUUGGCACUAUGAUAAAAAAGCCGAACUACAGCACUUACACAGACCUGGAAGCGCACGCCGAGCUGUGCUACGCCGAGGCACUCUUGCUUCAAGCCGCCAUGACAAUCAUGGAAGGAGAGGACCUCACAGGCCUUAUCAAGGGCACCAUUAAAGUCAAGAACUGUUAUAACAGCUACAAGGACUGCGCUAAGAUACUGGAGAGGAAGCAGUGGGACACGGAGGAAUCCCGGGUGCACUUCCACAGCGGCGUGCGGCUGGGCACAGCCACUUUCAACGUGAUGAUCUCUCUCCUGCCCCCGAAGAUCAUCAGUCUGCUGGAGUUCGUCGGUUUCUCCGGCAACAAGAGCUUUGGUCUAACGGAGCUGCAGGCGGGGUCGCGGGCACCGGGCAUACGCUCCGUGUUGUGCGAUCUCACUCUGCUGGGGUACCACCUCGUCAUCUGCCACUUCAUCGGCGCCAACAGCGAUCUCGACGUCUGCGACGAAAUCCUGCACAAGGAACUCAAGGUGUACCCAAAGGGCGUGUGGUUCCUGGUGUUUAAGGGGAGGUUAGAGCUGAUGCGUGGCAUGUUCCGGCCGGCCAUCGUGACGUACAACCGCGCCAUCGCCAGCCAGGACAUGUGGACGCAGUUCCGGCACCUCUGCUACUGGGAGAUCAUGUGGGUCAACGGGCUGAUGAUGGAGUGGCAGGCGGCAGCGGACUACGCCAGCAAGCUUAUCGAGGAGAGCUCGUGGUCACGCACCGUAUACUCGUAUACCAAGGCUGCCAUGCUGCUGCAGCUCGACGACUUGCUGCCCUCGCAGCGGCAGCAGUGCAACGACCUCAUGAGGAACGCCUCGUACUACAAGCAACGCAUCGCAGGCAAGUCUCUACCUAUGGAGAAGUUCAUGAUCCGUCGUUGCGCUCGCUACCAGCUGCAGGGCGGGCAGCUGAUCCUGCCGGCCGUGGAGUUGCUGUGCCUCUGGAAUAUGUUCCCUAUACUCGCCAAGAACGAGAGGAGCAUGCAGAACAUGCUCAAGCUGAUAGAGACGACGCAGCGUCUACUGGAGGAGGGCGGGCGGUCGAAGUUGGGCCUGCACGAUGGCGACAAUCGCGCGCUGGUGCGCUACUUACACGGAUGCUGCCUCGCCGCCAUGGGCCUGCCGCGCAUGGCGCUCGACUCACUCGACUCGGUCUUUCAGAUUAAGAACGAAAUUAAAGAAGACACUUUCUUGUUGCCGUAUUCGGUAGCGGAAAUGGCGAUGUGUCAUUAUCAACUGGGAGACAGCGAGCGAGCCCUCCAGAUGUUACACGACGCAAGGAAGAAGUUUUCGGGGUAUUCAUUGGAAUCCAGACUGCAUUUCCGCUUGCAUUCGAAGAUCCAGAUAGUGAAGGAUGGCGAGGGUAAAAUGGAAUCAGGCAACAUUGAAAACACGUCACGAAAGUGAACGCUUAGUUAAUUAUUUAAUAUUUAUGUCGUUUUAUAUGGGAUUCUCUGUAGCUGUGACUACCAAUGUAUACAUACAGUUAUUCCUUCCUGUUUACUUCACGGUUAUAUAUAUUUUAAUCAUAACUAAGUGGAUUAUCUAAGGCAAAUAUUUUUCUAAAAUAUUGUAGUGUACAGUACAAAGUAUGCCAAAAUUUAGACAGUUUUUAUCUGUUACUUCAUUAUGUAAAAUCAGUGUGAUGUAAUUUAAAGAGAGUUACAUCUAUAACUCGUAACAGGUUUAACUCUUUAGUAGGAUUUGGACUGUCAAGACGCAAGGCGUAUGUCGUACUACUCAACGCUAAUAGCUAACUAGAUAAAAUAAAAACAGUACUAAUCACAGACAGUAGUGAAAAUGAAAGCCAGUCUAAGAUGAAUAAACAUCAAUCUAAUUUUUCUCAUUGACUGAUUUACUAACAUUUCAUUAAUUCCAAUAAACGUUUGACCACGUUUAUGGAUGACGUCAUACGUGUGUAUUUCUAAACAAAUUCCAUAGAAAUGUAUUGAAGUAUCUCAUUUGACUAGGCUGUCCUGUUGCCUAUUACGUUCCUUAAUUUAAUAGAAUUUGAGAACCGAUCUAACUAUAUAAGAAAUAUGAACUAUAUUUAAAACGAAA